GGAUAAAAAGUUACAUGUUGAAAUUUCUGGUUUACGCGCUAUUAAAAGGCUAAACAGUUUGGACAAGUCAAUCAAGAUUAAUAGCGAGGCGUCAGUUUAUUGAAGUAAAGUGUUAGCAAAAAACGAGGUGAGGAUGACGGCGCGUGGAAUUUUGCGGUGGAUCGUUUCUCGUUAUCUUUCGCUGUCACUCUGGCAGUCACUUCAGAUCGUGGUGAUCGUAAGCUACAUUUGGGCCCAAUAUGCCCUUCAUGUACAGCUAAGCAAUCGUUUAACGAAUAUCAUUGAAAGGCUAGACAAGCUUGAAGAUUACAUGAACGGCAAAGACUACAGAAAGGUACAGUUGAGGACUCAUGAUAUGAAGCAAAAGAAUGCUCCCUCUCGUGGAAAGCGACAAGCGGACCUAGCAGGAAUGAACAACCUCUUACGGCGACUGGAGAGUUUGGAAAAUCGCUUUUCAGCUUCAAAAAAUUUCAGUGCGCAUGACGGUGGAGCGUUUUGUGUUCAGGGACCUCAAGGAAGACAUGGAAUUCCGGGAAAAAAUGGGAUACCAGGACAUGAUGGUAAGGAUGGAACGACUGGAAGAGACGGAAGAGACGGCAUCGAUGGACGCGAUGGAGUACCGGGGAUAAAUGGAAUCCCAGGAAAGCAAGGAUCGCCGGGCAGAGAUGGUGCUACAGGACCAAAAGGGGACCAAGGCCAAAAGGGACACAGAGGAAAACAAGGCCCUCAGGGGCCCCCAGGCAACCCUGUGACGUGUUCCCAAAAAACAGCCUCAGGAAGUUCCAUGUUUAUUCGAUGGGGACGUAGUGUAUGUCCAUCUCGCACAGGCGCUGAACUAGUUUAUGAAGGCCGAGUAGCUGGGUGGCGCCCAACAGGAGAGGGCGGAGGAGCCGACUAUUUGUGCAUGCCUCUCAAUCCUCUUUACCUCAAGAGCUCUUCGUCGGGGUCCAACUCGAGGGCGCCCUUCUUUGGUGUAAAGUAUGGUCACGUGGAGGAUCUUUUUAUGAGGAGAGGCCGCAGGGGACCUCAUAUUAGUUACCUUGGUGUCCCAUGCGCUAUGUGUCGCGUGCGACAAAGAGGAUCCUCAAUGAUGUAUCCCGGAAGGAAUGUGUGCCCGAAUGGAUUUUGGACCCGCGAGUACCACGGGUAUCUUAUGACGGACACCAACAACAACACGAGACCUGAGUACAUUUGUGUUGACGCUGAUGCUACUGGAGUAAAAGUGCCCUCCAACAAAAGACAAGCCGGGAAAGCUUUACUAACGUCAGUACAAGGACAGUGUGGAGUGUUGCCUUGCCCGGAUUACGAGCAGGACUGGGAACUGACAUGCGCAGUAUGCACAAUGUAGUAAAAUGGCAAUUAUGAUAAAACAAGCCGCGCUGAGUAGUUACCUGUUUUAAGAGGUUUUUUUUUAUGUUCCGUCCGUUGCAACGCUAAAAAAUUGCAACAAACCACCAACAGACAAUCCAGAAAUGUGCAAAUUAUUUUAAUUACCACCUUUAAACAAGCGAGACCUUUGAAAACCGGUCGUGUAAUCGUAACAAAAAAACACAUCAAGUAUAUACUGUGAGAUAUAAUCGUAAAGGAAGCAGUCGUUAUUGUAACCAAAUAUUAUCGAAGUUAAAGGAUAAAAUUGUAUUCAGAUUUAAUAACUUGUUAAUCGACGAAGGUCCGUUGACCAAGGUCAUCCAAAUAUCUAAUGCCACAACAAGGAAGCAUGAACAGUGUAAAUAUGUCGUGGCAGGUCACGAUUGAUCGAAUUCGCGAGAGUAACAAACGUGUCACCGGUUGUAAAUCGUUGAAAACUAUGACAAAAAUUUCGCUUGGUUUUCUUUCUUUUAUUUUUCGUUUAAAAAUAUCAUUACCUACUGGUCAUGCUCUUGUGACACGAUGUUGGCACAACAUACACGACAGAAUAUUAAACGCUAUGCAACCGAAGUUGUAAAAGCCACUUCACUUUAUUGAUACAAGUACAUGACCAAAAAAACGCCAAUUUGAAAGUUGAUCUAACAUAAGAUAUUCUUCCGCAGUCUAUAGGAGGGAAAAUCUAAACCGUCUUUUCCUUCUACAAGGCCGUCUUACAGAAAUAUUCACCUUAUGAUCUUCAAGAGUGAUCAACGUAUGUGUCCUAGUUUCAAAUUUCAUCAUAGGUCAGACAAAGAAAUGAUACAAAAGUUAAUCACAUUUUCAGAGCUAACACACGCCGGACCAAAUCUGUGGUUGGUACUCACGUAGCAAAGGCCCUUUUGUGUCUCUGAAGUUUAAAGCUUUUUAAAUCUGUGCAUUCGAGCCUCAUUCCUGGUUAAGAGUAGACUGAUAAGCAGAUGACGUAUCACUCCUCAGAACUUCACGCAAGGCCAUUGUAGCGUAAGUUGAGGUAGGUAGUGUAAAUUCCAAUUGCAGCGCCCAGUACUUUCCGUCUGGAACUGACUCAGGCUCCAGGG